UUAUGUCAGUUAGGAUGAGAAGACGUUCAGACAGAACUAAGCUCCUAUACACCGUAACGAAGAUGGCUUGUCAAAGAAGUAUCGCUUGCAGUGUUUUGCUUUUCAGCGGGGCGGCUUUUGUGCUCUUCCAACAAGGUGCCGCUAUCUUUAACCCAAAACCGUGCCCUAAAGAUGCACCUGAGAUGACGUGUGAUAACGUAGAUCCGUGUGGCACCACUGAGUGUAAAGCCUACCCACUGGCCAAGUGCAGUGUGUAUAAUUGUGGCGGGUGUUUUGCACAAUACUACAUAAACGAGCAAAGAGUUAACUGCGAUGUUUGUUUGCAUGGUGGAGCGCCGACCCAAUGUGCACAGAACCCAUGCGCCUCACAGAAUCCAGGAUCUGGACAGUUAUGCGUUCCCGACUAUUGCUGUGGCUGCUCUACACGUAUUGUUGAUCUAUGUGAUGAUGGAACCGCGCCACAAGGAUGUCUGUUCGAUCCGUGUGUCAACUUGAUCUGUCCGGAAGGCAGCCAAUGUGUAUCCAGCGCCUGUGGCGAAUGCACCGCACAGUGUAUUGACGGAAAUGGGGAUGUUGUACCGGUGGGUCAAGGCGAACAAGGCAAAGGGCGUGGUCCCCCGGCACCUGGAAGAGGUCGUGGCGAGAGGAAAAGAGGUCAAUAUAGUGGGGGUAAAUAAGUGUCGCUUUGGAAGAUACCGCCCGCCAGAGGAAGAUGUGACCGUUUGUCUAACACACACCAUGUCAUCUUAGACACUGAAGUAAUACACUACUUGCUUAAAAUCUCCUAAUUAUAACUGUGGCGAUAAAGCCGUGCUAAAGCUUUAGUGAAGUAUACAUGAAUCAAUUAAUCAAUCAUCAUCAAAAAGGGAAACAUUUAAACUAGGGGUGAACAAAGUUGUCUCAUAACAGACAUGAUAUGAUAACGAUGAUGAUUGUAGUAUAUACUACCAUUAUACUUACUGCCUGUAACAUAAAAUUCACUAUGAAUUCAAAAGAAUAAAUUGUUGAACUGAAGUAACUAUGUAGAAUUUCAUUUAUUUCUGUUGUUAAAGAAAGCAUAUGCAUGUAUGUCUAUCUAUUAAAGAGUGUGCCUGCCGUUACAUAUACUAUUGAUAAGUAACUAUAAUGAAAGCUUACAAGAGUUAAGACAAAAUGUUUGUAGAUGUUGAUUACUAAUAACAGCUGACAGUUGUAGAGUGCUAAACAUUUUUCCUGUCACUGAAACCUCUGUAAACCCUUACAUAUCUCAUAAUAAUCAACAUGAUUCUAAAGAGUUUAAAAUUUGAUUUGAGAGUUUCUU